CUUGCUGUGUGUAAUGACAAUUGUCGUCCAGGUUACAGCAAAAAGAAGAAGGAAGGAAAGCAAUUUUGUUGCUACGAUUGUGCCCCAUGCCCAGAGGGCAAGAUUUCAGACCAGAAGGACAUGGAUGAGUGUUCAAAAUGCCCAGAAGGUCAGUAUCCAAACAGGAACAAAGAUCAGUGCCUUUCAAAGAGAGUCAACUUCCUCUCAUUCACAGAAACUUUGGGGAUCCUUUUAACUUUCUUAGCUCUGUCUUUUUCUCUGAUCACAGCUUUGGUGUUUGGAGUCUUCGCUAAGCAUCAGAACACUCCCAUUGUCAAAGCCAACAAUCGAAACCUCACCUACUCUCUGCUUAUCUCGCUAUUCCUCUGCUUCCUCUGCUCCUUGUUAUUCAUUGGCCUGCCCCAAACAGUGAACUGCUGUUUAAGACAAACUGCUUUUGGUGUCAUCUUCUCUGUAGCUGUUUCCUGCAUUUUGGCAAAAACCAUAACUGUGAUUCUGGCUUUUGUCGCCACCAAGCCAGGUUCCACAAUGAGAAGAUGGGUGGGGAAAAGAUUCACAAACUCUAUAAUUCUUGGCUGCUCCUUUAUUCAAGCUACUAUUUGUGCUGUAUGGCUAUGCACUACUCCCCCAUUUCCACAUUUUGACAUGCACUCCCUGGCUCAAGAAAUUGUAGUGGAAUGCAAUGAAGGUUCUGUCACUAUGUUUUAUUCUGUUCUGGGCUACCUGGGAUUCUUGGCCAUUGUUAGCUUCACUGUGGCUUUUCAGGCUAGAAAGUUGCCAGACAGCUUCAAUGAAGCCAAGUUCAUCACUUUCAGCAUGUUGGUUUUCUGCAGUGUUUGGUUGUCUUUUGUUCCUUCCUAUUUAAGCACAAAAGGAAAAUACAUGGUGGCUGUGGAGAUCUUCUCCAUCUUGUCCUCCAGUGCUGGGUUACUAGGUUGUAUCUUUGCUCCCAAAUGCUACAUAAUUAUCCUGAGGCCAGAACUGAACAAUAAGGAGCAGAUAAUAAAGAGAUAUUAG